UCUGCGCAGGGUGAGCGGGAUAGCGGGCGGCGUGAGAGCGGCGGCGGGGGGGUUGUUUGCGUGCGAGCGGAUCGCCUCGUGCGUGUGGACGUCUCGCGCAACCCGGCCGCUUUGCUUUCGCGAGUGGGCGCAGACGGCACUCGGGCACUUGCGAGGCAAACGUGGGGAGCGACGCCGCUGCGCGCUACCGAUGAGCGCGCAGUCGCAGGCGAUUGAAGUUGACCGGCUGUCGGAGCGACUCGGGUCGCGCAUCUAAUCGCCCAGGUGUGGUUCAGCCUCAGGGCUCCAGGUCUCCUCAGGGCUUCAGAUCCCUUCCGAUCCACCGCUCUCCAUCGCCAUCGCUUCCGCUGCUCCAUCAACGCCGCCCACCGCCACCACCACCACCACCCUCGGCCGCUCCCCCGCGAGUCCCCCGUACAAUGGGGGGUCCUGAUGGGACCCCCAUCUUCCGAGCGCCCAUGACGGCGGCCCCUGCAACCGAACCCCUGGGCCGCCUGACCCUGGCCUCCAGGCUCGCCUUCGCCGGCGGCCACUUCUUCAACGACGUGUGCGCCGCGACGUGGUUCACCUACGGCCUCGCGUUCCUGCACGGCGUGGCCGGCAUCGGCUCGCCCGGCGCGGGCCUCCUCGUGCUGCUGGGCCAGGUGGCCGACGGCCUCGCCACGCCGCUCGUCGGAAUCGCCGCGGACCGCGCGCCCGCGAUCCCCGGCGCGGCUCGGCGCAAGAGUUGGCACCUCCUGGGCACGGUGCUCCUGACGCUCACGUUCCCCUUCACGUUCGCGUCGUGCCUCGCAUGCGGGGUGGCCCCCCAGGAGGGGACGCUGCUGGGGUACUACGCCCCCUUCAUCGUGCUCAGCCAGGUGGCGUGGGCCGCCGUGCAGGUGUCUCACCUGGCGCUCAUCCCCGAGCUCGCGCACACGCAGAGCGAGAAGGUGGAGCUCACCGCGUACAGGUGAGCCCGCCGGGGUUGAGUGCGUACCCACAGGUGAGCGGGGGUAGCGGACAGGUGAGUGCUGGGGCGGGUGCUUUUGUGCGUGGAAAAGUGAUUAGCACGGUUGGCUACGUACGGUGCGAAAGAAGUUCAACAUACAGGCAUUCAUACGACA